UAGGGAAGGCCAAACGCGCGCUUUGGCGCCUCUGUCUUCUUCUCCCCCUCUGUGCUCUUGCCCCCUCGGUGCGCGACCAUGUCUAGAGCCUUCCCCGAGUAGCCGUCAUCCCUCUGGAGCCCUUGCCCCCUCCGUCUUCUUCUCUGACGAGCCGUCACCCUCGCCGAGCAGUGCGUGGCCAUGAACGCGUCGUCUUCCUCAGCCGUGUCCUCUUCCUCCUCGUGUCCCCGAGCGUUUCUCGUCUGCGUGACCGUCUGCAGCUCGUCCACUUCCCCCUCGUAAUGUUCCCGUGCCUCCCCGUGACUUCUGUGGCCGGCAGAGCAUUGGCCGGAUCCCCGCGGCGACACCCAAGCUCAACUGCCUCGACCCGGCUGUAAAUAGCCACUCCCCUCGCCUCCCGAGCACUCCAAGCUCCUCCGCAUCCUCCCAGAAGCCUCCCCGAGCCCUUCAUUCGCCUCCAGAGCCUCUCUUCGCUCGCCAUUGCGGCCAUGGCCGCCGUGAAGCUCGGCUUCAAUACGAGCUAGCCGGUCAACCCCUCCACCCUCUGACCGCACCCGGAGCUCAUCCAAAGCCCAACGCACCUCCCCCUGCCGUCAACUCGUCGCCGGAGGCGCCCGUGCCCUCGCCCCCAAGAUCAACCGCCGCCGCUGAGCUCUCUAACUCCAUAGCCACCGCGGUCGGAGGCCUCCCCUGCACCUUCUCUCCCUCUGAAUGGAGUCAGCACUCCACCCUGACCCCACCGGUGCCAUUCCCUCCUCCGGAGACGACCUGACCCGUGAGCCCCAACGUCGGUUCCCCUUCCGUGUUCGCCGACGCUGCCAUCGCCUCGUCCUCUCCCCGGCACGCGUGAACCCCCUGGUCGGGUGCGUCGCCGUCUUCCGCACCCUCCGGUGGACGGAGCUCGGCCGGAGCCCACCAGAGCCGGCCGGGACUUCGCCGGCCAAGCCCAGCCGCGCCUCUGCCACGCCCCGCUCUCUGUUUCUGUCGGGCGCGAGCGAGAAGGAGCGGGAGGAGAGAGAAAGGAGUCAGACCCUCCCAUCAGCCACACGCGCCACCAUCCCCACCACUGUCCACGUGGAUAAGUGGAAGCAUACUUAUCCAAAAGUGCGUUUCCCCGAAGCGAAGGCGUGUUUCUUCUUAGUGCGCUUUCUGUUUAGUCACCAGGGGCCUGUUUGUAGAGAUUAUUUUUACAGAUUGGUCCCUGAACUUCGUCGGGCUAUAACAUUUUUCUCGAGACUCCGAAUGAAGUGAAACCAACGCCCAUGUCUUCGUCUCGUCGAGCCCGUUACAUUCCCAUCAUUUUCACUAUGGUUUGACAUACUGAAAAUGACCAUUUUGACCUUGCCCCUAAUCAGCCCCCUCCGAGAGAGAACCCUUUCCAGCGAUUCUUUCCGCGGCUACACCGCACAUCUUCCCGGAGCCUUCUUCAUCCCCAGGAAAGCCACAACCACCAUUUGCAUGAUAGCCAUGCAGUAGCCAUGGUUUUCAACUUAACACUACUAGGGAAAAGGCUAGCAGCAGCGCGGGUUUUAGAUGUAUCAGUAGUGCGGGGAUAGGCGCUACUAAUAAGGUGCUACAGCUAACACAUAGCAGUAGCGCGUGCUCACCGGCGCUACUACUACACAAGUGUAGCAGCAGCGCUAUUAGCAGAAGCUCGCCACUAAUAGUAGCUCUAGCGCGCUUUGCCUGAACGCGCUACUGCUAUCGCGGCACUGCCGCUAACUUUUAAACACUCGCUACUGCUAAUUUAAGUAGUUUUUUUGUUUUUUUCGGCAU